ACCUGAAAACUUUCAAGAGCCUUUUCUUUUCUCAGAAAGCAAAAGCACCUUUUUAGAGCUACAAGAUAUGGAGCGAAAGCAAACCAUUGUGCUGAAUGUUAAAAUAGCCGAUGACAAAUACAGGAUCAAAGCGAUGAAGAUUGCAGCAGGAACAAAAGGAGUUACGUUGGUGCAGUUUGAGAAAAAACAAGAUAAGCUUAAGGUGGAAGGAGAGGCUGUGGAUUUAGGUGCGCUUCUCCAAACUCUGAAGAAGAAAGUAGGCGAAACUAUUGUCUCCGGAUUUUUUCCUGGUUUUAACGUUUCACAGCCCAGAAACCGUAAUUUGGGAAGCACACCUGACACUCCAGUUUCCGAACCUGACACUCCAGUCUAAUCCCUUUUUACACACCUCUACCCUUAUAUCUAAUUCUAAGUGGUUUUCUGGUUUAAUAAUGAUGUGUUCUUGGGGGCAACAUUUGACAUGCUUUUCUAUUUCGUUGGCGUUUCCGGUUUCUAGUUUUUUUAUGGAUAUUAUUUCACUUGUUUGAAAAUCACUAGAUUUACAGUUUGCUAUCUGUUGUUGAAUAAACUGUGUUGCAUGAUGA